CGCCAAUCAGCAACAGCCAGCCCUAGCGCGUCAGGCCUCUCACGGGCAGGAGCGACCGCCUUCGCAGCGGCCGCAGCGGCGAGACCUCACUUCAACGUGCAACACCUCGCAGCACACUGGGGACGAAGUCACUCCCUUCUGGACCACCGGCAACCACGCGCAGACCUGCGUAGCCCUUGGUGAGUGUGCGCGACACGCCGGGCGCCUCCUGCAGCGACGAAGAAGUGCCGGGUGCGCCGCCGGAGGAGCCAGUGCUAACGUUCCGCGCAGAGUCCACCGACACCGACCGCGCCUUGAGACCCCAACAACAGUUCCUGCCCGUUGAAGAUGGAGACGCCGUCAUGCUCGUAGCAACCGGCGCGUCUCAGCCCUCGCCCUUCGACCAUGCCCGUCCCCACCAUGCGCCCAGCGACGGUCUCUUCUCGCCCGUGCAAACAGCUGCUGCCGAUAUGGAAGGCGCCGCCUCCACCCAGCCAGCGACCCCCGGUGCGCCUGCCGCAACAACACCACCUGCUCUCCUCGACCUCACCCCAGCCGAGGGCGCGCUGCCGGCUGCAGACCUGAACUCCGACGCCUCCGCCGGAAAUGGCCUGCCCACCCUAGAUGCGCCCAUCUCGCUCGCCCAGCCCUUCGACUUGGGUCUCGCCAUGGACAUGUCCGGAACCACGUCCGUGCCCAUGGACGUCGACAUGAACGGUCUCGGAAUGGUGCCUGGGUUCAUGCCGAUGAACUAUCAGGAACCAGACCUCGUCAGCGACGAGCGUGUCAACGCAUUUGCCCGUCUGCGCUUCGACGAUGGCUCCUACUACAUGCACACCUACCAGAUCUUCCUUGGCCGUAACCUCGCCCUUGCGCGCAAGGAUAUGAAGCGUCUCGCCAAAGUCGACAAUCUGGAGAGAGCCGGCGAUCUUGCUGGCGCCCAUGCGCUGCUGCACAAGAAGAAACACAAGCGCAACGGCCGAGGCGCGCCCAGCGUCGUCAGCGAGAAGGGUGGCAUCGUCAGCGCACGCAUAGAGUCCAUGCCCCUGGAGUACCAGCAGCGUCGCCAGCCUUCCCCAUCUGCCAGCUCUGGCUCGCACCAGAAUGGCGAAGGUGUCGAGGAAAAGCCUGCUCGACGUGCUCCUCAGGAUGUGAUCAUGCAAGCAUUCCCUGAGCGACCCGAACAAUUCGACGGUCACAUUCCUGAAGACCCCGACGAUUGCCCACUAGUUCCCAUCCAUCCCGAGCAUGUCACCGCAAGGACCGGAAAUGCCGGGCCAAAGGGUAUCUCACGGCGCCAUGCUAAGAUCUUCUACAACUUUGAUGAGGGAGCUUUCUGCAUCGAGGUACUUGGUAACAACGGACUGCACCACGAGAACCAAUUCUGUCCACAGGGCGCAGUCGUUCCUCUUGAGCACGGCGACCGUCUUUCCAUCGGCGCUGUCAACAUUCAGUUCUUCCUUCCUGAUGUCGCACUCACUGAACAGCAGCGGCAGCGACAGGAGUCUGGUUCUCGACCUAUGAGCUUCUCGUUUGAGAACGGAAACGGCGAGAUGGAGAGUGACGAAGAGAUGAGCUCCGACAGUGAAGGCCAGAUGAGCAUUAAUCCUCGCCAAGUCUACUAUCACCCCGUCGACAGUGACCUUGAUUCUGAAGACGACGCGAACGACGAUAUGGAUGAGUAUGAAGAGCCGGCACCGAAGCAGAAGAUCAAGCUCAAGCUCAAGGCGCCGCGUCCGCGAGAACCGUCUCCACCACCAAAAUUGUCGAAGAAGCAAAGAAUAUUGGAGAAGAAGAAGAAAAAGAGGAAGCGUGAGGAGAGGGAGAGGCGGCGUGAGCGAGAAGAGAACGACCACUCUUCGGUCGAGUCGCCUGUCAAGAAAGCUAAGAAAAUGAAGCCUCCUCAAGAAGAGCCUGUCAGAGCUUCACCUACAAAAGAGGCUAAGGCGCUCAAAGAGGUAAAACAAGCCAAGGCAAAGGAAAUCAGGGAGAAGGAGGCUGAGGCACACAAAGAGGCCAAGGAGUCCAAAGAACCGAAGGAGCCGAAAGAGAAGGGCAAGGCUGCAGCAAAGGCACCUUCCAAGACCCCUGUGCUUGAUGAGGCAGCUCCCGAUGCUAUCAAGAAAGAGACCCCUGUCAGAGAACAGCCUGCGCCAGUCAAAUCGGUGCCCAACGACAGUCCACCGCUUCUACGCAAGCCACUCGAAGCGGAAAUUGAAGCAGGUGGAGAGAUCGAAGGCCUCAUUACGGAAGAAAUGGCUCGCCAACACAACCUGCCUGCAAGCCUCGUCGGUCAUGUUGUGGAGAAGCGGAAGGGCCCCGGUCGACCGCCGAAGGACGGCAUUAUGUCGAAGCGACAACGCUCACAGCUGAUCAAGCAGGCUAAGGAAAUCGAAAGAGCCAAAGCUGCUGGUAUCGAUCCCGCCGAUAUACCUGCGCCGUCUAUCAAGCCAAAGAUCACGAAACGCAAGGAAUCGAACGCGGGAGAAUUGGAUGGUGACGAUAUUCUGGAAUCGACUGAGCAUGGAGACGGUACCAUGAUGGACAAAUCAAAGCAGAAGCAACCGAUCAAACCGCCACGUACUCCGUCUCCGGAGAUGCGCGUGGAGGACUACACCGAUGAGCAGUUGCAGCGACCGUCAGCCAAUUACGUGGUACUCAUUCACGAAGCUAUCUCCUCUUCGCCUACAGGCCAAAUGAACCUCCAACAGAUAUACACUUAUAUCGAGAAAAAAUAUCCCUGGUACAAGUUCAAGACCACAACAAGUGGUUGGCAGUCCAGUGUCAGGCACAAUCUUGGGCAGCACGAUGCUUUCGUCAAGGGCGACAAGGAAGGCAAAGGCUUCAAUUGGCGCAUCAAUCCAGAUGUGUCUAUCGAAAAGGAGCGCAGGAAGAGGCAAGUGAGUCCGCCGGUCAAUCACGCUCAGCGACCGCAGUACUAUCCUCCGCCGAAUGGCUACCCCCCAUAUCCUCCACAGCCUGGCUACCCAUACCACCCAGGAAUGCCACCGCCUGGCAUGCCGCCUGGCAUACCACCUGUACCUCCUCGACUUCCAGCGGGAAUGUCUGCCCCUCGUCUGCCGCCCAGUAUGGCGCGAGAUGCGAAUGUUGCGACCCCUGCUGCAUCUCAGGGCGCCCCUCCACCAUCCCCCUAUGCUUCGCCGUGGGCUGGUGGUAACACAGCAGGUAGUCCCUCUGCGCCACAGCCGCCUCGACCGUACCCACAGCCGCCUCAUGGACCUCUUCCGGCCAGUUCGGCAGCUACAGGCUCAAGUGGUCAGUAUGGCGUGCUUUAUCCCACAAGUGCGCCGCCAGCACACAGUGGGCAUUCAACUCCUAGUCCGUACGGUGGUCCGUAUGCUGGUGCAGGUGCGAGCCCAUAUGCUGCUGCGCCAAACCGCCCUUAUGCUCCGUAUCCUUCUCAAGGCUUUCCGCAGACUGGUCAUCCAGCUCCCCCUUCUCAGGGCCCUUCACCUCAAAACGGUCCACCUGCAGGUCCUCCAUCGCAGAGCCCAGCGCCACCUCCGCAGCCAUCUUCACAAAAUCCGCCAAGCCAAGCGCCCCUGGCUAGCCCAGCCCCCCCAACCAUAAAUCUUACGCCUGAGAUUAUAGCGCGCUACCCCGCUAAUACCAACCACGGGGUUAUUAGCAACUUAGAGAUGUUCAGGAGCCAAUACACGAAGCUGAGGACAGAGCCUGGCGAAGCCAUAAAACUUGACAAUGCGAUCAAAGCUUUUGUCGAUACCAGCGCGUCUCAGUCCAGCCUCAAUGAGUCCGAACAGAUACUGUGGACUGCAUUCCUGAAGGUCCCCAAUCUGGCAGCCUACAGGAUGAACGCCACAUUGGGAUCUCCUGUUUCCAGCAGUACAGCCGCUGGUAAUGCAGCUGCCAUCGCGGCGGCUGGGGCUGCCAGCACACCUCCGAAUGCACCUUCAAGCAUUCAGUGCCCGCAGGUGUCUCAGCAAGCAAACCAGCAUGCACUGCAGUCGACGUUUCAGCAAGUACCCCUACAAGGAGUUCCAUACGCCCAGCCGCAUGCACCGCAACAGGCCCCGCAGCAAACAUACCUCCCACCUGCAUCGUCUCCUGUCACACCUGCACUCGUGGAGGCCGCGCCAAUUACACCUGGACCUCCAUCCAGCGAGCCACACAAGUUUGCACCCAACAUGACGGCCCCUUCUGCUGCAGCGCCUUCGGCCCCCGUUACAUCUCUGCCGCCUUCACAUCGACCAAGUGUUGAGCCCCUCACGCCUGUGCCCGGCUCACCAGCAGUACAAACCGGGACGCCGCUAAUCAAACGUCCGAUCACCGAGAUCACUGCUGCUGACUUGACUGCGAAAGAGGGCGAUCGGGCAUUCGAGGACGACAAGCCAGCCCAACAGACAGAGUAGUACUCAUUUCCCGCAAUACCCUGUCAACUAUACUGGCAUCAGGAUGGCAGCUUCAGACUAUGGUGACUUGUCUCCAAUUCUUCUGCACAUAUCCUUACGCACUUUGAUUUUCUGCUUUCAGCUUUACGACACGGACACGGUUACGACCCUAGGCGUUAUGGCGGCCCACUGUAUCUCGAUU